AUGUCGAGAGCACUGGACAAACAUGUCAUCGCGGCCUUGAAACAAGGCGAUCACCAAAAGAUCUUCAACGAAAUCGCCGGGCUCUUUGAAAAUCCGCACGACGAGCGUCUUCUUGAAAUCGAGAUCCUAGGCCGCAGCCACCCCAUCAGCCCGGAAGCGAACUUCCUAAGAGACGAUAACGCCGUCGCCGUUCCCAAACUUCGACUGGUCCAAGCCUUCGUCGUCGCGCGGCAGAUCCUGCAGAAUCAUCUGGCCGAUGGCACUGUGGGAGCGGGAAAGCUGCGGCUAGCGACAGGCGCUUUGCUCCUCAUGGAUCCCGAGCACCUGACGGCUGCCAACACCAGGAAACGUCUUCUCCAGAGCGAGAUGUCUGCAGGAGGCGAUGUGAGAUCGGCAUUGAUGCAGGAGAAAUGGUUUGUUGACAGCUUGCUCACCAGCCGACUUCACCGGCACACAAAGUCACCGACGCUAUGGAGUCAUCGGCGAUGGCUGCUUGAGCGUUUCCGUGAACUGGGACUGCCCGUUGCCAUCCAACAGGAUGUCGAAGCAGUCAUCAUGAUAGCGGGUGAAAGACACCCACGAAAUUACUACGCCUGGGGCCAUGCACGAUGGUUGACGAAAACUUUCGAAACUGCUUUCAGCAGUGAGGAUAUCUUCCCGCUCAUUCAGAGUGUCAAAAGGUGGUCCUUUAGACACCACAUAGACAUCUCCGGAUGGUCAUUCCUUGCUCAUCUCUUGGGUGAGAGCCGGAGCAACUUUGAUAACCAAGUCUUCUCAUCGGUGUUCAAAGAGACACUUGACCUGGCCGAGUCUUUGCGGUGGGAGAACGAGUCAGUAUGGUGGUUUCUGCGUACCACGGCAUCCGACACAGCAAUGGGGCAGGCUGGCCUAGAACAGUUUGUCAAUGUCCAGGAGAAGCUUUCUGCUACUGCACGUGUAGACUCUACAGGAUUUCGAGUCUUGUCAGCGGCCCGGAAGUGGUGCGAUGUGUAUGGCUCUCAUGGCGAACUUAUUCCGAGCGCAUUAGAACAAAGCUACAAAAUUGAAGCUUAA